AUGGAAAACGGUCGGGUGGUGAGGCUCGAGUUGGCCCUUGACGGCAAUGAGCUGACGAGUGUGCCGGCGGAGAUCGGGCAGCUCACGUCGUUGGAGGUGUUGGACCUCUACAACAACCAGCUGACGAGUGUGCCGGCGGAGAUCGGGCAGCUCACAUCGCUGACCGAGUUGUACCUCUUCGGCAAUCAGCUGACGAGUGUGCCGGCGGAGAUCGGGCAGCUCACGUCGCUGACGGGGUUGGACCUCAGCGGCAAUCAGCUGACGAGCGUGCCGGCGGAGGUCGGGCAGCUCACGUCGCUGAGGGAGUUGCACCUCUGGAACAAUCGGCUGACGAGCGUGCCGGCAGAGAUCGGGCAGCUCACUUCGCUGGAGGAGUUGUGCCUCGACGACAAUCGGCUGACGAGCGUGCCGGCGGAGAUCGGGCAGCUCACGUCGCUGGAGAGGUUGUACCUCGGCGGCAAUCAGCUGACGAGCGUGCCGGCGGAGAUUGGAAGGCUAACCUCGCUGGAGGAGUUGAACCUCAAGAGCAAUCAGCUGACGAGUGUGCCGGCGGAGAUCGGACAGCUCGCGUCACUGGAGAAGUUGAACCUCAACGGCAAUCAGCUGACGAGCGUGCCGGCGGAGAUUGGGCAGCUCACGUCGCUGAAGGAGUUGGACCUCAACGGCAAUCAGCUGACGAGCGUGCCGGCGGAUAUUGGGCAGCUCACUGACCUGAAGGAGUUGGGCCUCAGAGACAACCAGCUGACGAGCGUGCCGGCGGAGAUUGGGCAGCUCGCGUCGCUUGAGAAGUUGUACGUCGGCGGCAAUCAGCUGACGAGCGUGCCGGCGGAGAUUGGGCAGCUCACGUCGCUGGAGGGGUUGGAACUCGACGACAAUCAGCUGACGAGCGUGCCGGCGGAGAUCUGGCAGCUCACGUCGCUGAGGGUGUUGUACCUCGACGACAAUCAGCUGACGAGCGUGCCUGCAGAAAUCGGGCAGCUCACGUCGCUGACGGAGUUGUACCUCAGCGGCAAUCAGCUGACGAGCGUGCCGGCGGAGAUUGGGCGGCUCACUGAGCUGAAGGAGUUGGGCCUCAGAGACAACCAGCUGACGAGCGUGCCGGAGGAGAUCUGGCAGCUUACGUCGCUGAGGGUGUUGUACCUCGACGACAAUCUGCUGGACGAGUUGCCGGCGGAGAUCGGGCAGCUCACGUCGCUGGAGGAGUUGGGCCUCGAACGCAAUGAGCUGACGAGCGUGCCGGCGGAGAUCUGGCAGCUCACGUCGCUGACGGAGUUGUACCUCGGCUGCAAUCAGCUGACGAGCGUGCCGGCGGAGAUUGGGCAGCUCACGUCGCUGACGAAGUUAUACCUCAGCGGCACCAAGCUGACGAGCGUGCCUGCGGAGAUCGGGCAGCUCACGUCGCUGAGGGUGUUGUACCUCUACGGCAAUCAGCUGACGAGCUUGCCGGCGGAGAUCGGGCAGCUCGCGUCGCUGAGGGAGUUGUACCUCAACGGCAAGCAGCUGACGAGCGUGCCGGCGGAGAUUGGGCAGCUCACUGAGCUGAAGGAGUUGGACCUCAGAGACAACAAGCUGACGAGCGUGCCGGAGGAGAUCUGGCAGCUCACGUCGCUGAGGGUGUUGUACCUCGACGACAAUCAGCUGACGAGCGUGCCUGCCGCGAUACGGGAGCUUAAAGCGGCGGGCUGCGAUGUGGUUUUGGACGACGGCGUAACGAUGGACGAGUGA